AUGUUCUUGAUUGCAUCAAUGGAAUGUGGUGAAGUUGGUAUUGCUGCUCUUGCAUUGGAGCUACUACUCCCUAGCUUGAUUUGCUUCUUUGGUGGUUGCAUGAAUGGGUUCUUCUUCUUCUUCAUACUCUCAUUUCCUUUUGUCUUUGCCAUUGUGUACCUUGGCCUAGAAAAGUUUUGGGCCGAUGGCCGAUGGAAUUCGUCGCGGUCGAGCGAUUUGGUCGGCCAAAUUCAGUUAUGGCCGAGAGAUUUCGGCCGAGGCCGAUCGUAUGUUUCCCGGAUCGACCGGCACGGUCGGUCUUUUGGAGCAUUCUGGAGCAUAUGGGACAAAGGAGCAUGGAGGGACUUGGCACAUGGAAGCAGCUCAACUGGAUACGCAAAGGAAGAAGGGAGAAGCCAUCUUGAAGACCAGCUCGACCGUCCACUCGACCAACCGGUCGAGUUCCUCAACUCGACCGGCCAAGCUUCAACUCGAUCGAGCUGGAGUCAAAAGGAGACUAAUGGUGCACCUAAUCUCUUUCACAAGAUAAGAAUCUUUACACCAAAAGAUUCGGAGCUUAAAGGUGACCAAUCCAUUGAAGAGAAGCUUGAGAGAACUAUGAAGCUUUUCCCCAAGGCAUUGGUUUUCAAAGAUGAUGUGAGAGAUGACUAUGGCGCGACAACACCACCACAAGAAUCCACUACACCGGAGAAUGGAGAAGCUAAAGGGAUCCUUUGCCCUUCAGCCACUCUUCACCACGAUUGA